AUGGAGGGAGAGAAACAAUGCUCAUCCGGUUCUGCUGAUGGAGCCCCCGUCAUUUCACCAGUCGAAUCAAAGCAACCGUUUCCACCCCUCUCUCCUGAUGACCUCGCAGCAACGUCCCAUAAUACCUAUGAGAGCAUCUACGCAGAGGAGGACGAACAGGGACUCACAUCUCCAAACCAUGCGGAUGUGGAAGUUGAAGACGACGAUGUGGAUUUCCAGUCUCACUACUCCCUGGACAACCAGUCGUUUUCCGAUGCGUCCACGGAUUCGGAGGAGCUGUCUCCGGACGAUGGCAUCGGUAUGCACCAUCCAUUUCGACAAUCCUCGAGCUCUCUCCACGGUCCGAAUGCCUUCGCGCCACCAUUCUAUAAUCGACCGCCAACGCCGCUACCUCCAUCACCAUCUUUGACCUCGCUCCUCAGGCCUCCGUUUUCGACCACUACUUCUCGCCCCACCACCCCUGAUAGUUCCGAUGUGGAAACACCCAAUGAUACUGAAGCUGCCGUUGCCAAGUCAGCCCGGCGUGCGACAACUGUUCCGCGGGCGAGCCCGAAAGUGCCUACCUACGAAUACUAUGGCUUUGUUCUCUACCUGGGCUCUUCGCUGGCCUUCCUGAUCUAUAUUCUCUGGUCCUUUCUUCCGUCCCCCUUUCUCCAUCAGCUUGGCAUAUACUAUUACCCCAACCGUUGGUGGUCAUUGGCAUUCCCCUCUUGGCUGGUGAUGUCCAUUAUCUACAUUUAUGUCGCCUUGGCGUCGUACAAUACGGGCUACUUGACUCUCCCGAUGAAUAGCAUUGAGAACAUCGUGGAUGAGGUGGCCAACGUGGCAGUGAUCGACGGUAAAGCCAGAAGGCGACCUGGUGGCGCCGCGCAAAUGCGGCCUGGUGCAACCUCAUAUCAGAUCAUGGGACCCCAGAAUCGGAAGGUCAAUUGGCCAGAGAUAUGGAAUGAGGGGACCGAUGCCGUGAUGGAUAUCCCUGUGGGGGGCGUCUGUGAAGUUUUGUACGGCCAAGACCGGGAUGAUGAUGAGUUGUAUGAUGAGGUAUCCGAUGCGAGAGAGACUUGA